AUGAGAGUUGCUUCAUUUGUCAACCACUUGGAAUUUGAGUUUGAAGGAAAUAUCAACAAGAAUGCCAUCUGCCUGGGUGAUGUAGACAAUGAUGGGCAGAAUGAGUUGGUGGUUGGGAAUGAAAAUGGCUUGCUUGCCAUCUUUAAGGGAGAAAACUCCAAACCUGUGCGUGUAGGAAAUGAUCUUGGCAUGAUAUCAGCCAUUGCAGUUGGUGACUUGUUCAAUUCAGGAAGAAAUGUUCUAGUGGUUGUGACAGGAUGUGGCUACUGUUACAUCUAUGACUUUGAAGAUGAUCACUUCGGGGAAUCCCCUGAGAAGAAGAUUUUGCAGCCUAUUCAUGCCCAAAGGAUCCCAGCUAAUGUGAAAGUCAUGCUGAUAGGUGAUGUCAACGGGGAUGGAUUCUCAGAGAUGGUGGUUGCCCUCACCGACCGUGUCGUGCGCACCUACCGUUGGGUCAAUUGUGGGGAUGUUGUUGGUGGCAAACCAUAUGGUAAGCUGAUUGGACUAAAUAAAUGGGAAUUAGCUGAUCAGAUUGGGAGCAUAACAUUUAAUAAUUGUCCUGAUGGAACACCUUCACUCUUGGUAGCACAACCAGGAGGUACAUAUUUCACUCUGAGAGUACAGCCAGUUGGCCAGUAUAAUGAAAUGGAUCCUUUUGAUGAGAACAUGCCAGAAUUGUUGACCAAGAUGUCCCUUGAUUACGAACCACUAGCAUCAGCUAGACUGCGCAACCCAAACAUCCACACAGAAAUAUGUGGAAACAUAAGACUUGGCAAGAUGAGACCCAGUUCCUAUGGCAGUGAGGGGGACAUGCCCGACCAUGUGAAGGCAGUUCGAUCUAAUAGUGAUGGUGGGGAGGUCACAACUUAUGAGAUCUCGAGCAACUUUGGCUCCAGCCAGGCAAGGUCCAGCACAGACACAGAUGAGGGUUCAACUUAUGAAAUGUGCUGCAACAUUCGAUCAGGUCGGGCAGAGUCUGGGAGCGAUGCAGAUGGUGCUGCGGGAGAGACCUUUGGCUAUGCUUUAGCUACCUUGGAUGGGACAUUAACACUUCUGAACAAUGGGAAGAUCCAGUGGAACUUACAAGUGGAUCAUCAACUUUUUGCAGUCUGUAAACUUGAUGUCACAGGAAAUGGAAGGGAUGAAGUCAUUGCAUGUGCAUGGGAUGGAAACACUUAUAUUGUAUGUCAUAACACGGACUGUGUUAGAUAUACUUUUCCUGAACCUGUAAAUGCAUUUGUAGCUGGUCAUUAUGGCCUUCAUGGAAAACAGGUACCUUGCCUAGUAUAUGCAACCUUUAACAACCGCAUAUAUCUCUACCACGACAUCACACUGCCACACAUUGUGACCAGAACCAUCGUGGAAGUGUUGAAAAAGGAGCCAAAGUACCACCAGCUCCUGGAAAAGCUGAACGUCAGUGCCCAAGACACUGCGAAACUGAAAGAACUCAACCAUUUUCUUUUGUAUGGAAGAUUGCAAUAAGCUGAAUUCUCUGUUAGUUGAUAGAGCUUGGAUAGAAAGGGAUACUCUUGUGUGUCUGCGGAGGACCAGAGACGAGAAUCAGUAUUUUCUUACAGUAUGCCAUGCUGUAACAGUAAGGAAAUGUUUUUGCUGUCUUAUCGUGAAGCUCCGUCUUUGUUUUAUGCAAGGAUGAGUUUCUCAGGGUUAGAUUGUUGAUCUACUAAUUCCUUUGAUAAUUCUUAUGGAUAUUUUUUUUUUUUUGUGGUUUGCAUUAACUACUGAACUUGAAUUUUUGUAAAAUAAACAUGAAAAUAGAUACAUCUAAAACUAUGAUUGUGAUUUUUCUUCAGCCAAUCAAUAUUCUCUGAGUAGAAGAUAAGAUAAGAAGAUAAGAUUCUCUGAGUAGAAUACAAAGAAUGGGAAUGCAUGUCCUGGCCUUUUGGCUGAAAUUGCAAACUUUUCUUCUUUUGUCUUUUUUCUCUUCUUAGUCUUUUUUCUUUUCUCUGUUCUUGGGUCUAGCUCCUCCCCCUCCUCCUGUUCCUCCUCCUCCAACUCCUCCUCUCUCUUCUUCAACCUCCUCCACUUUCUUCUUCUUCUUCUUCUUUUUCUUCUUCUUCUUCUUCUUCUUCUUCUUCUUCUUCUUCUUCUUCUUUUUCUUCUUCUUCUUCUUCUUCUUCUUCUCCUUCUUCUUCUCCUUCUUCUUCUCCUCCUUCUUCUCCUCCUUCUUCUUCUCCUUCUUCUUCUCCUUCUUCUUCUCCUUCUCCUUCUUCUCCUUCUCCUUCUUCUCCUUCUCCUUCUUCUCCUUCUCCUUCUUCUUCUUCUCCUUCUCCUUCUCCUUUUCCUUCUCCUUCUCCUCCUCUGCCUCCUCUGCCUCCUCCCUUGGAUUCAGUUUUAUUCUAUUCUUUGAACAGAAAUAUUAAUGUGUGGGGUGCCUUUUAUGUUUUAUGAAUAACAAAUUUUUAGACAUCGGGGGAUGCUCCUACCCUUAGUACAAGCACGUGUGAUGUCACCAAAAUACUUGCUCAGCCAUCAUGUUGGUAGUUGAUCCAUGUCACUUAUGUAGAAUAAACAUGUGCUUAGAAGCUGUUUUCUUACAAUAGAUUAUCACAGUCAAUAAAGAGUACUUGUAAAUGCAAUUUUGGUUUCCCAAGUUGUAGUGAACAAAAUUUUAAGUUUAGUCUUCAGAUUAUACAACAGACAAUAACCAUUUGUAUUUACAUUAAGCCCCAACAUUUGUUUUUGGAACACACACACACACACACACAAGUGUAUGAAAUCAUUAUUUAUUUAACCCAUUGCCGCUGGGGAUGCCCACUGUGAGCUGACUUGUUCGAUUGUUUUUACACAUAGAUGGCUACACUUGUACUAAGUCACCAGUGAGCCAAUUACGAGUACUGCCUGUCUCGCCCGUUCACCCUUUUCAUCGAUUUAUGAAAAUAUUUAACGUUAUCCUAAUUUACUGUUAAAAAUAACACCAUCUAUAUUUAUAGCACUAGUAAGAAUACGUUUUUCCCGCCAAUUUAAGGAAAGGUGAAAUCAGGACUAGCAGAGCUAUCUAUGUACAGAGAUAUUUCACAAAAAUAUGAAAAAUGAGUACAGCAUUUUCCCCAUUUUUAUUUAUUUUCCCUGGCGGCAAUGGGUUAAAGAUAAACUGUACCUGGAAGUUUCUCCACAGCUUUCCAAGUGGUUUGGUUUGGCCAAGGAUGGUGACCUCUGGCAACACUUUAUGUGCUUGACCAUACACUGUUAGCUUGGUGGAAACUUUGUUAGCAAAGGUAUUGGAAUCCUGUGUCAAGGUCUUGGAGUCUAUCAGCAGUUAUUUAAAAGGAGUGGAUUAGCAGACAGAGAGGCUCUGAACCAAUUCAUCAGUAAGGGCAGCAGAGAUGUUAAGAAGACCGCAGAGUGCCUUAUGGAGGUUGAGGAUGAAUGGACCAACUUCCUUAGGCAACUGGAAGCCAGGGAAGGUGAGAGAAAAUCCAUUGUAAAGCCAGAGGUUGGUGAUGCAGCUCCUAGAGAUGUAGUUCUCCAUCGAGUGCCUGAUUCAUUGCAUGACCAGCUUGGGGCGGAAGUCAAUUUACAUGACCUCCUCCCAAUGCUACCCCAGGAGAGGACUCUACUUGUGCUAAAUAGGCACUUUGCCUGACUUCCAUGACGCAUCCACGUGGCCCAGCUGGCAGAGAGACAAGGUGAACUCACUGCUGCUGGUUGCAAUGUGGUGGUAUUAACAUUUGGGGAGAUGUCAGGUGCAAGGAGAUGGCUGGAGGAAACUCAAUGUCCUUUCCCUUACUUCACUGAACCAACUCUUUCCAUUUACCAGAAACUUGGGUUGAAAAGGUCCAUCGUGUCUGUCUGGAACUCAACAGCCCUAGGUUUUUAUGGUGCUCAGAUGGCCAAGGGAACACCACUACCAAAGGCAUAUGCAGACAUUGAGGACGACCCACACCAAAUGGGAGGGGACUUCAUCGUCGAUAAACAUGCAAAACUUGAAUUUAUAUAUCAUAGUAAAGUGCCAAGUGAUAGGCCUUCUGUAGAUCUCAUUCUUGCAUCAUUGAAGAGAAUGAAUCAGCCUUAAAGAGUGCCUCUCUCUGCUUGAAUAUACACCAGUUUACAUAUUUUGGGAUUUCUAUGUAGAGACUCUAUAUAUGGGAAUAGUUUUGGCUAUUGUAUACUAUAGUCCACCAUGUCCAUUGAUUAUUGGCAUUGAAGCAACACACUUGAUUAUUAAAAGCAAAAAUCACUUACCAAAACACAGAGAAACAACUGAAAAUACAUUCCACCUCCGAUAACAUUCCGCAAAUCCAACUUUCACCUUUGGGACUUUUGUUAUUUUAUUUAUCAUUUAUUUGCAAGGUAAAUCAUUUCAGUGGUUGUGAACUUUAGGUUUAAGAGCUGGUGAGGCAUUUUGUGUUGAUUAGACUAGUCUCUGUAUUAUAGAAAAUUUAUUGCAAAGUUUUAACUUUAACUUCUAGCUAGCAGAUAGAGUUUCAGCUUUUCAGUAUUUCUUCUAGUGCAGAAAUAUAAAAAUUGCAAUUGGCACACUUCUUUGAACAUAUAUAUUCAAUCUUUCAGUCACAAAUAAGCACAUAGGAAAAUUUAGAAAUAUAUAUUUUUCCAACAUAAGUAUAUGUAUGAAUAUAUAUAUUUAUAUAUUUGAUACUUGGCAGUUAGCUGUAAAGUGAAAUAUUUACUAUUGCUCAAAUUGUUGAAUUAUUUUUAGUGAGAGUAAGAACCCAAAUAGAGUUGUAACAUAAAUAUUGUAAUUAUGAAUCUGUACCCAGAUGAUUAUUUGCUUUUUUCUUUUUAUCUGAGGCUUAUAGCACAUAAAGUAUGAUGUGGACUAGGAUACAGUUAUCUUUUGUUGUUCUAUGCACGCAUCUUUGGGGUGCAGCCUUAGUUGCUAUGUGCAAGACUUGGUAUUUUAUUUCUAUCAUAAAACAUUGGAAUAAAACACAUUACUGGGUUCCUGGAAUAACUUAAUAUUGUGGACCAAUGGGAAGAUGGUGCUAUAGAGAGCUGACACUAAUGUUGUUAUGUUUAGAAAUACUUCUCUUGUUUGUGAUGCUCAGAAAAUUUUUCUCUCUAUUCUGCGCUUUCUAAGUAGGUUUGAUAAUCUCUCUUGAACAGCAAUACGGUAUGAAGGCUUGAGUGAAAACCUUAUGUGGCUCAAGCUGGAAAAAUAGAGUGAUUGCCGUUUAAAAGAGUAUUACUGUUCCUGUUUACCCCCUUUUCCAAGCUUUUGUUACUGUCAUGGAUUGUUAUGUUUUUGAAUAAAAUUGAAUAUAUACAUAA